GUAAGUUCUCAUAAGGUUAUGUUGCUGAUGUGAAAACAAAUUUCAUAAUUAUAAUACACAGAUAAUCAAUAUCAAUAUACUGCUAUAUUCCGUGGAAAAUAUUAAAAUGUUCAAAAUAUGUGAUAAUGAGAGAAAAUUGCCCGCAAAAACCAUUAAAUACUCCCAAAGAUAUACCGACGAAAAGUAUGAAUAUAGGCAUGUAAUUCUGCCUCCACAUUUAGCAAAAUUAGUGCCUCGACCACAAAUGAUGACUGAAACUGAAUGGAGAAAUUUAGGGGUUCAGCAAAGUUCAAAUUGGGUUCAUUAUAUGAAGCAUACUCCAGAACCACACAUCUUACUGUUUCGACGACCAUUGAAAACCAAUAAUUCGAAUGAGUUUUGAAAAAUACUAUUGUGGGUUAUAUUUAUUGACUAAAUGUGAACAUUGACUUCUCCAGUUAUUACAAAUUUGUGGAUAAAUAUGUAGAAAUAUAUAACCCAUAUUUUUGGUUACAUUUUAUUGGCAAAGCUUCAAAAUUAAGUUGAAUACUUGCAAAAAUUGUUAUAACAAGAUGAUAUAAUGUCCAUACUGGAUGUGAUAAAUCUGAGGCUUUACCAGAUUUCCAUAAAUUCAUGUUAAACUUCACAUAGAGAAUAAUUUGGUGUCAUAAGAAUUCGAAAAGACUUAUUGGAAGUUGGAAAUGAGGUAUUAAUCACUUGCAUCAUAAAGGAUCUUUGUAGGAAUAGAGGAGUUGGUUUUUAAGAGGAUACUUAGAUGUAAAAAAGAGCUGAGUGACUAACAUUCACAAGUUAAUAAAGACCUGCAAAAAAGUAGACCACGGAUACUUUUUCAUUUGUUCAAGAACUACAACUCUGGUGAAUAAAUGUGAAAAUUAAUUUUAUUUCUAGUCUCACUAAAAUAAAUUAAUUAUUCCACUGCAUAGUUUGUAGAAUCUAAACAUAUCUUACUGUUUGAUUAAAUAAAAAAAAUGUAUUUUGUGA